AUGUCUCAGGGCGCAAGCCUGGUCAACUCGGACGAGGACCUCGAGAAGCCUCAUCAGCCCAGGACCGACAUCGAACAACCUCAACUCCAACUGGACGAGAAGCCUGCAGGAACACAGUCCACGGCGCCCAACAAUGAACCAAUCAACCCUUUUCAUCCAAGCCAGUUCCCAGAUGGCGGCAAAGAUGCAUGGCUUUGUCUAAUUGGAGGCUUCUGCUGCCUCUUCUGUUCCUUCGGUUGGAUCAACUGUCUAGGUGUCUUCCAGAACUACUACCAGGCCAACCAGUUGCGCGACUACUCACCGUCAUCCAUCGCCUGGAUCGCCAGUAUUGAGAUCUUCAUGAUGUUCUUCCCCGGACCUAUCGUUGGCUGGGCUUUCGACAAUUACGGCCCCAGGUACCUCCUCAUCUUUGGUACUUUCUUCCACGUCUUUGGUCUGAUGAUGACCUCGCUAUGCACAGAGUAUUACCAGUUUAUCCUGGCCCAGGCGAUCUGUAGUCCACUGGGUUUGAACUGUAUCUUCAACGCCGCGACCAGCUCGAUUCCCACAUGGUUCUUGAAGAAGCGUGGCGCUGCGUACGGCAUCAUGGCCGCCGGUUCUGGUCUCGGAGGCAUCAUCAUCCCGAUCAUGGCAUCACACCUGAUCCCAGAAAUUGGCUUCGGCUGGACGAUGCGCUCGAUUGCCUUCAUGCUUCUCGGUCUCCUGGCUAUUGCUACCUUGACAAUCAAGUCGCGCCUACCGCCACGCUCCCGGCCCUUCAGCCUCCCCGUUUUCCUCGAGCCAUUCAAGGAUACACGUUUUGUACUGCUCACAGCGAGUUCAUUCUUGUUCUUCAUGGGCCUCUUUAUCCCAAUCAACUUCAUUGAGGUCCAAGCCAUCGCCGACGGCAUGAGCGUGCGGCUUGCAGGCUACCUUCUCGCUGUGCUUAACGCCGCGAGUAUCUUCGGUCGUAUCAUUCCUGGUGCGCUGGCGGACAGGGUUGGAACAUUCAACAUGCAAUCGCUUUUCUGCACUGUUGCGGGCAUCAUUGUACUCGCGCUUGGUUUGCCAGCGAGCGGUAAUGCGGCGUACAUUACUUUUGCAGCUCUGUACGGUUUCGCAUCGGGAGCGUAUGUGUCUCUGCUUCCUGCACAGAUGGCGCAAAUCUCUGAGGUGCAUCAGAUUGGAGUGAGGGUCGGUGUCAGUUUCGCUGUUGUCUCGUUUGCGGGUCUUAUUGGAAACCCUGUUGCUGGUGCAAUUGUGUCGCACAACCAUGGCAAGUACUGGGGCUUGAACGUUUUUGCUGGAGUUUUGCUCAUGGCUGGCGCAAGCUUGUUCACGCUGACGAGGUUCUAUGUUGCUAGUUCGAAGAUCUAUGUAAGGGUUUGA